CAUUGCCCGAGUUGAAAAUGGAGUUCGCGUGAGAUAGAUGCUCGGAACUUCCAAUUAGGAAAUCUCCUUGCUCUGUUCUUGAGAUAAGGUUUGCUGUAUCGAAAUAGGAUACUUGACCGAAUACCUCACGUUCUCUGGAAGCAUCGCCUGGACAUUUUGAAUCUAUUGAAACGUUAUCUGAGAAAGGCUGGUGCCUUUUUCAAGUAUUGUCCCUGAGAAGUUGCAGAGGGAAUAGCUCGAUGGCUAGCUGGAACAAGAAUUACGAGCCUGAUGGAUUUCAUCUGCAUUUGUAACUGAUUUGCCGGAUUGGAAUUUGUUUAUCGUCGUCGACAGAGGACAAUGGUGAAAAUGGGUAUCUCAUUGCAGUGGGAUUUUACUUCUGUGGACCAUACAAUGAAUCAGCGGUUGCCUUUCCCGUUCUAAUUUCAGUUCUUCACUUUCAUCUGAGAGCUAAACGGCAUGCAUUAUCGUAGACACUUUAUUUAUGCUGAAUAACUGGCUUUUUCUUCGAAGGAAAAUGGUUAUUUUUGCGGUUAAUUUCUCCGCCGUGACUGCGUCGUCGAUGCUAUUUCCAGUAUAUGGAUCCCCGUGAGAAAAAAAUGAGCGAAGAAUCGACAAAUCCUAACGAUGACAGUUACGCGCGUGUGAGAGCAGUGGUGAUGACACGGGACGACUCGGGGUGGCUCCCCCUGGGGGGCGGAGGACUGAGCUGCGUCACCGUCCACAGAGUCAACCGGCCGGACGACAACAGCAGCAGCAGCGGCAACGGGAGCAGUGGCGGCAGUGGAGGCGGAGGCAGUGGAGGAGGUGGAGGAGGAGGGGGUGCGGACUUCCUCAUCCAUGGGGAGCGACUCAGAGACAAAUUGGUCGUGCUAGAAUGUAACAUCAAAAGGGACUUGGUCUACAACAAAGUCACCCCCAUCUUCCACCACUGGAGGAUCGACAACAAGAAGUUCGGCCUGACCUUCCAGAGUCCGGCUGACGCGCGGGCCUUCGACAGGGGCAUAAGACGGGCCCUGGAGGACAUCAAGCAAGGUUGUCCAGUCUACAGUGACUCAGACACUCCUGAGGAUGGACUGCAGGUUCCCGUGGAGACGCCCUCGUCCCUCUGCAGUCCCCUGAAGGAGCCGUUCGCCUCUCACGGCGCCCUCACCGAGUUCAGAGGCUACGACGACUACUCCACCUCACACCGCCGAUACCUGCCUCCGGUCACGUUCAGCGCCCCGCAUCGCCAGGUGACGUUUGACGACGAGGAGAUUGUGCGCAUCAACCCCCGCCGGGACGUGGUGAUCCGGGGCUACGAGGACUACCGGCACCCCGUGUGGCGGCCGGAGCCCGAGCGUGACGAGCACGAGCCCAAGCCCUGCUCCUACCUCUACCCGGAGGGCCCGCUGGGCGGCCUGGGCGGCUUGGGUGGCACUCUGGGGGUGGGAGGCCUGGGCGGGGUCGGCGUCGGGGUCGGGAUUCUUGGCGGCGGUCUCGGUGGACAUAAAGAGCCGGUAAAGACCCAGCAGCCCUCGCCGCUGCUGAAGGGCAAGGCGUCUCGGCGGCGGCGAGAGGAGGGCGAGCGCUCGCGGUGCCUGUACUGCCGCGAGAUGUUCAACCGGCAGGACAACCGUCGCGGGCAGUGCCCGGACGCGCCCGACCCCAUCCGCCAGUGCAUCCACCGCGUCAGCUGCAUGCUGUGCGCCGAGAGCCUGCUCUACCACUGCAUGUCCGACUCGGAGGGCGACUUCUCGGACCCGUGCUCCUGCGACACGUCGGACGAGCAGUUCUGCCUGCGCUGGGCGGCGCUGCUGGCGCUGUCGCUGGUGGCGCCCUGCAUGUGCUGCUACCUGCCGCUGCGCCUGUGCCACCACUGUGGCGAGGCGUGCCACUGCUGCGGUGGCAAGCACAAGGCGGCGGGAUGAGCGGGCGCGGGCAUCGGACGCAAAAACGUAAACGGACACACAACGGAGUCCAACGCGACAAACGACAACAACCACAUAAUGAAUUAUGUGUCUAUCUGAUCUGCGGUAGAUAUGCGGAUGUCUAUUGCCUAUUGCCCUACCUUACUGGCCAACCACGACGUCUGGUUUUCGGUGAGGGAGACAACAAAAAAAUUGUGCAACAUUUUUACAGUGGAAACAAACAACAUCGACGACGUGAUGCAGUCUGAUGGGAGGAAACUUAUUUUGUGUUUUUUCUGGAGGAUUUUAGGAAUAAAACGCAAACAAACCAAUAAACUGAAACAAAAAAAAUGAAUUGAGUUGAUGCGGAAGAGCCGUGAAGGAGGAAAAACAACAAACAACAACGUUGGCAUCUUAUGUAGUUUGUCCCUUUUUGCUCCCUGUUGGCCUCGACUGAAAAGACGGCUUGAGGGAGGAGAGGAGAGGAGAGUGGAGGGGGUUGUUGGAUGGUGUGCCUCUUGUAUUUCAGAGCUUCAGGCCAACUAGAGAGGCUUCUAGAGAUUUGUUUUGGGGAAGGGAGGGGUUGGAGGCUGUUCAGCAGUAACCCCGUCAGCAAAAGGGUUCCGCAUUUUCCAGAAGGUUCUUUUUGUGUCUGCGGAGGCUUUCAGUGCAGUGUGUACAGUACACGCACAGCCAAGCUCCGGGAUGUAACUAUAGAUGUGGAGAUAUUACUGAACACACACACAUAACACACACAUUCAUAUUCAGACACACACACACACACACACACACACACACACACACUUUCAUAUACACACACACAUUCAUAUACAUAGACACACAGAGUCAACACCUAUUACUUGCAUAAACUUGAACAUGGAAACGAACAGGCCACCUUUUCAGACUCUUGAAAAUAAUGUGUAUCUUUGUGAAGGAGUACUGUCUUUUUUUCCUUUUUUGUACAGAGAUCAAAAAAAUUACAUAACAAAUGAAGAUAAUUACAAACACGGUAGACCUUGGUACCCAGUUGUGCUUACAGAUUUUUAAAAAACUAUACUGUAUGAGUUAAAAUGCUAAAAGGGAUUUGUUCUUGCUCUUUUUGUUUUGUUUUUUCUUGUGACCUUUGCAGUUUUGACCGUUUUAACCGUGGCCUUUCUUUUCUGACUUAAGCAUUCCCUGACAGUGUAAUCAUUUAGACAGAAGAAGAAAAAAGUGCACUAGGUAUUUUUUUUUUCUCUCCUCAAUGUUAAUAUUUUUUCCUUCCAUAUAAGGUAACCCAGAUUACUUGUAGUGGUACAUUAACAGGAACGCCCUUCUUGUGUUCUAGCUGUGCAGAGAUGUUUUUACUGCUUACUUAUCCGUCUAUGGUGGUUGUACAUAACGUUUUCCACCAUCUCCCAAUUGACCGUUCGAGUAUACAGUAACAGCGUUUGUUUUCGUAAGUAAAGUGGGGGUGUCAUCUGAAAUAGCCGGGUACUUUUUUUUGCAUUCAGGUUUCUGACAUGUCUGAGCGGACUUCCUUCCCCUGUGUGUGUGUGUGUGUGUGUGUGUGUGUGUGUGUGUGUGUGUGUGUGUGUGUGUGUGUGUGUGUGUGUGUGUGUGUGUGUGUGUGUGUGUGUGUGUGUGUGUGUGUGUGUGUGUGUGUUUGCUUUUUCCCCAUCCUUGUGACACAACACAUCUUUUUGGACCAUUUAUGUGCAUUCCAGGGGAGAAGGAAUAGGUUAAGUUCUCACGGAAAGGGAAACUGUAAACCCACCACGUCACACAUCUUCCUUCGAAAAAUUGAGGGUCCUUAGGAAUCUGAAACGGUCUCACUUUCGUCCAUCAACCUGUCAGGAAUGAAGAUAGCGCCCCCUAUUGCCCUGAUACUCACCCCAACCCCACCAACCUCCCAGUCAUGCCCAGCUAGCUACAGCCCUCCUUGUGGUGUUACUGUGUGUGUGUGCGUGCGUGCGUGCGUGCGUGCGUGCGUGCAUGUGGUGUGUUUGGGAGUGUGUGGCUGUUGUGCUCAGACACCCAUUUCCACACAGACAAACAAACAAACAAAAAGGUUGCUCAACCAGCAAGUUUUUGACCUAUUAUUAUUGUUAUUGUUAUUAUUAAUAUUAUUUUGACUUUCAUUUGAACAAAUUAUUGUUUUUUUCCCUUUGGGAGUAUUGUUCUCUUCUGUGUUAUUGUCAUUGUUUGGGUGGAGACCUUCGCUCCCGUGUUUAAGUUUGUAAAAGAGGCACUUAUCAUUGGACUUCGUCUGAGAGAGAAAAAAAACGGCUUUCUCUGGCUCUCCUCAGCAGCAUCUCUGCACACGGUCGAGCGAAAGAGAAGUCUGAACUGCCCCUCGUCAAAGCACCUACAGUCCAGUAGAAGUGGAGAAUAUUAAAGUACUUCAUGAGUUCCCGUGAUGGCCAGACCCCUGUAGAAUGUUCUUUAGUAGCUUACAAAAAUCCUUAACAAGACCUUAUACUCCUUAAGAAAGAAAGGGUCUAGCGUCUAACAUUCAUAGUCCUUUAUCCAAAUUUGUGUCAGUUCACAAACCUGUCCUUUUUCAAAUAAUAUAUGUUUCAGAAUCAGUUUUUGAUCAUUCCUAUUGGCUUUAAAUUGGCUUCAUUUUUCUUUCGGUAUCAACUAUCUCUGCUACUGGCACUUCUAAAGUACACAUGUACACGAAGGGCAGUCCAACCUCUUGCCUUCAUGCACCAUCUAGGCCUACGCUAAAUACUCCUGGACACACAGUACACUGUCCCGGAUUUAUUUGGUCAAAAACUCAAAACAACUAUGGGCAUUGUAUUGUCAUUUCUCUGCCUUUUUAACUCUGAAGUAAAGGGAAAUAUUAUACAGUGGUCCUUUUUAAGAACUGUAUUUUUUUACACAAGUGUUAAUUGUAAAUUGGCCUGAUUCCCCCACCCCCCACUAUUAAAUAUCACACAAGUACAUGAGGAUAUCAGUUUUUUUACACAUCUAGUUUGUGUUGCACUUCCGUUGAGAUAGUGAGAACACGCACCACCUCAAAACACACACCCACUCACACAAACACAUGCACACAGUGAUAGCCCAAGUAUGUGAAAACUAGGUACACCAAUAUAAUCUCUUAGGGUGCUCUGAAAAUCACCACCUCCUACCCCCACCCCCACCCUCAAUAUGAUCUACUGUUCAUUUCAGUACAACAGCACUAAACACUUAGUAUAUUGGUUAACCAUUAACAGCGGACAAAAGGGGGGAAAUCUUAUAUGAUUUCCAGAGGUCUAGGGUAGUAAAGUACUUAUAGUGAUGGGUCCUAUUCUAAUCUGAAAUUUGUUCAGCCCCCAAAUUACGUUGGUUCAGAUGAUCAGAUCCUUUUUUUUGUAUUAGUGCUGUAAGAUAAUGUCAGUAUAGAGUAGCUUGUGUGCCAUAUGUAUAUCUUUCAUGGCAGCCUCUUGGACAAAUGCUGAAGGAGUGGGACGUCACUGGUGACCCACCACUGCUGAUUUGUUUGCAAGCAGAACUGAUGGUCACUGAAGAGUCUCUUAGUAUUCCUGAGUGCAGUGCAGCAGCAGAUAUACCACAAGUCUCACAGGACAUACUCACUGAGGAGAUAAUGCAAAUAGCUAUUUUACAGACCCCAUUCUGAUUUAAGCAACAGCAGUCUUUAUGUUCUAUGCAACUAUGAUCAAGGGAAAAAAGCAGCCUCUUUCGCAGUCAGUCACAUGACAAGUUAGAAAAAAAGAUACCCCAGGUACCAAACUCUCUUCAUUAAUUUCCUUUUUUUUCCUUUUUCUUUUCUUUUUUGAAAUGUAAAUAAGUAACACUAUAUUUAAACCGUAAUCAUAAUCCCAGUCUAAAUUUUUAAGAUAGAGUUGUAUUUAUCACUGCUGUCAGUAUAUUAGUGUAGCUGACGUGGACAGCAUUAUGUACAUAGGUCACCUUUUAGUAUUAUUUCACAUUGAAAAGUAGAGGGCGCCAGGCCGGCUGUCGAGUAGAGGGCGGGGCGGGCGAGCUUUUAAAAUAGAGUCUCUUUCUAGUUUUGUAUGGAGAAUCGAGCGGCGGAGAGGGGGCGCUGAGUGGAGUGGUACAGAAUAGUAGUAGUGGCGGCGGUUCCACUUUUAAAAAGUUUGAUAUAUGAAGCUGCUAGAAACAAUCACUAAUUUUAUUAUGUUGAGGGUAAAUAUAUAUAAAUAUAUAUAAAUAUAUAUAUAUUGAAAAAAAAAAGUUAAACACAAGAAUUCAGACUGUUAAAAGUACAUUACCUAAUUCUCUGAUAUUAUAACCUGAGAUCACAAACAAAAAAAACAUGUCUCUUUUAUGUUUUGGUUCUUGUGUCUGUCCGUCUGUGUAGGUGUGCGUGUACGCUAUGCGCAACCAUCUCUUUUUUCCCAUGCCUUCUGUGUCACCACAUUUCAAUUGGACUGCUUUCCAUCACUUCUCCAUCACCUUCAAACCCCAUGUUUUCAGGAACCAUAACAAAACUUGCUGGCUGAGAAGCUUAAAACAUGCUAGACACCCAUAGGACUUAGAGCAGUAUUUAUACACACAAUCUGUAUUUAAUGCCUCACCGUUUCAUUUUGCAUUUUUUACUAGCACAGUGCAACUCCCUGCCCCUUUCCCAUGUCAUGUACUGUAUUUUAUAUGCAAGAUGUCUGCUCUUGAUUUAUUUUAUUUUUUUCACGUCUUCUUUUUUUAUUUUGACUCUUUAUUUUGUUAUGAAGCUAUCUUGUUAAUUUUGCAUAAACAUGACUUUUAGGUUUUUUUUAACCACUUUGCUGCUAUAUAAGUAGUUUUCUUUCUUCAAACUGUGCAUAACUCUGGAAUGCAGAAAGACAUACAUUCUUUGACUUGUCUGGUUUUAAAACAGGAAAAAAGACUAAAAAAAACAAACAGAAAAGUAAUGCAUAUAUGAACAUGUUUCUUGAGUGUAUUGUUUAUAUAAAAAAGAAUUUACUUUUCAUAGCAGAUGUUUUUUUCUCCCUCUCUGAUGCUUGGGUGCACUGAUGUAUGUAGCUAGGCUUCUGUCCUCUCCUUCCCGCGCUUGGUGGUGGAACUAUCCCGUGGUUAGUACUUGGUAGUGAAACUAAAUAAAUAAAUAAAUAAAAACAUUGUGUUUUUGAAAAAAAAAAGUUGCAGUAUAAAAUGGUACUCUUCUGGUAACUCCUCUGUAAACACUGCCUGUUUUUUCCUUUUCUUUUUUGGCAUCCUUUUUCUCUUCCUUCUUUCCUUCCUUCCUUCCUUUUCCUCUCUCUUUCUUUCACCCAGUGCUCUCUCACACACCCUUACAACCUCAAUAAGUGCCUCACAUCCAUAGUAGUGUUCAUAUAAAUUUUAACAGUGCUGAUUCCUGGGUAUAACGGUUUAUAUGCAUCCUAGGUACUUCUAUCACAACUUUUUUUGUUUUUGUUUUUGUUUUGUUUUGAAAAUACCAACUAUACGAUGUAAAAUUUAUAGUCAAUAACUCAUAUCAUAGUUGUAUUUUCUUUUUAUUACAGAUGUAGCGUGUUACUUUUCAUAAAUGUCAUGUAAAUAUGCAUACAUAUGUUUGUAACUGUUUUUAUGUUACAUCACACACUUGUAAUUUUGACAUAUCGAAAUAACAUUAUCAUAAUAAAAUGGU